AUCGACGGGGUUUUAGUAAACGCAGAAUUUUUUCAAUUUGCGUUAGUUGAUGAAAUUCGUUAUUUUCGUGUAAAAUAGUCAUUUUCUACCAGCAGUUUGAUUCGCGUGUAGCAACCAAGCGGAGGAGCAUAGAUCCAGACAAACACAGAACCGAGACACUGAACCGAGGUCACUGUUUAUUUCCUCAAACAAAAAAUCAAAACUUGGGGGAGUUGGCAAUCAGCGACACCAGAAGGGGGAGAUGAUCUCAGACAAUUAAAGGGGCGCAAUAAACAGCGGUUCUAUGCUUGCUUGACCUUCAAUUCCAAAAUGAAUGUUGAUGAGUCGACCGACAGAGCGGACGAAGAUGACCGUAUUUACAGAAGGAGCACGCCUCACCGCCAUAAACAUUGCCAUCCAACUGAAACCGAUGAUUUCAAAGUCGACGAGGAAUUCCACAAGUUUUGCAAAUUACACACAUUUCGAUUAGCAUGUGCAAUUACUGUAUUCAUAAUUGUUGCAUUUGCUCUUGGGAAAUUGGGGUUUUCCUGGUCUGUACUGGUGAUAUUGUGCUCUUUGGCAAUUUGGCAAUGGCACGAGAAACUAGAAUUGAUACAAAGUUUUGCCUACCGUGAGGCAGAGAUUCAGGAACAUCGCAAAAAAGCUUUUGAAAAUGCAGAAACUGUUGAAUGGCUAAAUUUCUUCCUAAACAGAUGGUGGGUGUUUAGUGAUAGAAGUUUGUUUCAAAUCCUGAAAAAUAAGCUUGAUCCUACAUUAGAGACAUGCAAGCCAAAUUUUAUUGAAUCAAUUGAAAUCACUGAUUUCACACUUGGAACACGGACCCCAUUUAUAAAAUAUGUCAAAGUAUAUGAUACAACAGAUGAUCUGCGAAAAAUUAUGGCAGAUGAGGUUCUAUUCAAACGGCCCCCAGAAGAUCUUGUAGCAAGGCCAAAAUACCAAGUUGUAAUUGAUGCAGAUAUUGGAUUAGAUGCUCCAGAUUCUAGAUUUGUCCUUAAAACAAAAAUGAGAGUAGGAACGACAGAUAUUUGUGUUGAAUCAUUUCGAAUCAGAGGGAGAAUGCAGCUGCAUAUUCUUUUCAACCAGAACAUUGCUUUCCCCCAUAUUGCUGCUAUUUCUUUUUCGUUCCUGAAACAGCCAAAAUUUAAUUUUCAAGUGAGAAUGCUAAAAAGAAUUCAACUGAUGGAGUAUCCAUUGAUUCGUGACUGGAUUUCUAAUCUGGUUAGCGACAGUUUGAAGUACACUUUGGUUGACCCUGGCCAUGUUACCUUGCCGCUUUGCGAUGACCCUGAAGUUCUUGGUCGAAGAUCAGGCUAUGCUUGUGGUGUGCUCACUGUGACUAUUAAAGGAGGUGGCAGGGGCAAGCAAAAUGAGGAUGAAAGAUGGUGCACAAUUACUUUGAACAAGCAGAAAGUGAAAACCAAAGAAAUGGGUGUUGACGUCAUAUGGCAAGAUACAGUGUCGCUAUUUGUCGACAGUGUGCAGUACGACAAGUUGCACAUCAAAGUCAAAGCAAAGCGCCGCUUUGGGCCUAACUUCACAAUUGUCGAGUACGUUCUUCCGCUUGUCAGAAUCAACAUACUUCAAGAUACCAUCCAGGACCUAGAUCUUGAGGAUAAGAACAUUGAUGGCUCUUUUCUACAAGUGCACUUGGAGUACACCGAGCUAGCCUUGCUUGAUAUUUGUAAUGAAACUGAAAAAGAAACGUUUGAAAAAACAUUCCCUACAGAUUCCCCACCUGAAGAUGUUGCUGGUGUGCUGUUUGUACGAGUUCACAAAGGGAUUAAACUUAUACCUAUGGACCCCGAUGGACUCAGUGAUCCUUAUGUGAUGAUUUUUGGCAAUAAGGAACUGGUACAUAUCAGUCAUGUGGUGGAGGAUACUCUUAAUCCAGAGUGGGACAGCAUGGUUGAGUUUUUCACUGCAGAUUAUACUCAGACCACCCUGUCCUUCAUCAUCAAUGACCGAAACCCUGUCAUGUUUUCCACUACUAUGCGUGCUGAUGAUAAUGAUGAUUUCAUGGGCUCUUGCAACUUAAAACUGAAACAGGAUGACUGGCUGAUUUUCAAGAGAGACCUCGAUGUCUUCUUCAAAGUCCGUACAUUCACCCAGGAAGAAGUGGAGAACAAUAAAAUUGCCGGGUCAAUUUGUGUCUCGGUUGUGUUCCGCCCCGUUCCUUCUUUGCUCAAGACCGUGAAACCAACGAAAAACGAGGGUUUUCCAGAAGGACAGUCAUUGGUGCAGAAACAUACAAAAAUGGAUGCAGUCACCAUGGAAGCCCUUCUUUGUGCUGAACGAGGUAGCCUGACACUCAAGUUGCAUCGUGCAAGGAAUCUACCUGCCAUGGACUUCAAUGGCAAAAGCGACCCCUUUGUCAUAGUUCGUGUUGGACAAGCCAAAAUGGAAAAAUACCGGAGCAAGAUCUGUUAUCGCACCUUGAAUCCGAUUUGGAAUGAGGAAGUGAAGUUUGCUAUGCCAGAGUCCCAUCAAAGGGUCUUUGUUGAAGUAUGGGACAAGGAUCCAUUUAGCAAUGAAAAAAUUGGCCAGAUCUCAUUCGACCACGUGGCACUGGAGCGUAUUUCUGAUAAAAAUAAAGAUAAUAAAGAAUGGUAUACUUUGAAAGCGGCGAAGUCAGGCGAGAUUCAGAUGUCAGUUGUUGUCGAUUCACCAGAAAAGCCAAAAGAUGCUCAAAAAGUUCCUGCGAAAAAAUCCCCUGCCGUCAAAUCCUACUCUCUCACCAGCACUGACUACGUGAUGCUGGACAUGAUUAAUGAUAAUGAAGAAAAUAAGCUACUGAAACCAGAAAGUCUUUUCCAGUCGUCAUCACUGGAAAGUGUUACAAGCGAAAUGGAAGAUCUAAUGAAUAAUUCUAAACUUGAGAAUGGUGGAUCCCCAGUGAUACAUGCGAAGCGUAUAACUGUUUCUUCAACAUCUCUGCAGCUGCGAAGGCGGACAAAGUCUGAUAUGGAGCGCAGUAAGAGUGAAGAAAAAAUUAGGCGAAAGCCUGAAAUUAAUGUUGAAAGUCCAUCUAUUGGAAAAAUGCUGGAUAUUGGAGAAGGAUAUGAUGAUAUUGAUGCUGACGAUGAAAGACCCCUCUCUCCAGUGGUCAAGGAAAGUGGCAUCGUGGACGUCUCCAGGGACCCUCUCAAAUAUUACAACCUAAAAGGAGCGAUAAUUGGGUUGACUGGGCUCGUUGUCCCAACAGGUGUACAGGCGAUUUGUAUUCGGUUGCGUAUUGACAAAGUUCCGCUGUCAAAACAACGUCGAGCUUCAUUUUUCUCAUCUCCACCUUUUAUUUGGAGAACCGGAUUAAUUCCUGUAGAAGAUAUGGCAGAGAUGUCUCAGCAUUUUUCUACAAAAGGUGAUCAAGGAUUCACACCGGUGAUGUUUCUCAAUAUAGAAGUGAAAGAUGACAGAAAAGAUAUAAUCGAUUCUGGAAGCAUUACGCUCAGUAACUUGUUGAAAGGCGAAAACCCUGCUCGAAAGAUGGUGGAUCUUGAUAACGGAAGUACAAUAAACCUGCAUCUGAGCUACGAGGAGAACUCUGCUAGUGCAGCAAAGAAAAAGUUUUCAAACAAAAGGGUCUCGAUGCUUUUACCAGAUCACGGAAAAUAACAACUGAAGAUUGUGUCCGACGGAGAGAAGAAUCAAGGGGAAAUGAAUCACUGUUACAUAAUCGGAGAAGAAAAUUUGCAAAAGCUGUUAGAAUGUUUUAUUGAGCUUUUUUAUUUGAAAUAAUUUCAAAAACUCUUUUAUUUAAUACUACACGCAUUUUAUAUAAGAAACAAAGCCGAUGAUAGGUACUCAGUCUCUUAAUUUUUUGUUGAUUUCAUUGUUAAAUGUUUUGUUAAAGUUUUAAUUAUCAAGAACUGAAUUACUCCUUUCUAGAAUCACCAAAAACUACUAUAGGAUAACAUACAACAGAACACCUAACCACUCGCAAGGCUCAGAACUAUAGUUUUUUAUUUUUUGUCAGCUCACUUUCAUAUAGACGGUUUCUUAAAAAAUGCGUGUAUCGUUUGAAAAUCACGUAUAACUGAGUUGAAGUAUGCACUCACUAUAAAAUUAAGAGGCUUUCCUAUAAAAUGGGCUGUGGAGUGACAAUAGGCAUCCUGUUGUUCUCAGCGUCAGGUUAUUUAGAUACUUCUUUUCUGAAGAUUAUUCUUUGGUGCCUCAGGUGUAAUUAAAGUAGUUUUUACUGAUUUGACAUCUUGUUUGCUGAAUUUUGUUAAACUAUAAAUGACAAAAGCUUAAGUAAUGGCAUUUACAGUUUCAAAUUAUCAAGAAAACUGGUAGAUUUGAGAUUAAAACAACUUUUUAUUGUUUUUACUAUCAAUACCAAACUGCUAUCCAAGUAGAAGAUUCAAAAAGCCAUUCUAGGCAGACUUUUUAUCAGAAGCAAAUUUUUCCUGAAGUUAAAACAAAUCUUUCCAUCUCCUGGUUCUUCAGGUGAUGCUCCUGUAUAUGGUACGAUAUUAUUUCUUAACGUUUCUUCUUUCCUGAGAUUUCGACUGUACAUUUAAGACUACUGAUCCAUCUCUACAAUGCCCGUUUUAGGGAAUCAAAUCCCUCCAAAUAAGUGUUUUACAUAGCGAUGCUGUUUUAUAUUUUUCAUUAGCUGUUCCCGUUCUCUGAAUUACUUAUUUAUUUUUAAUGGCAUUAUUUUUUAAAGAUUUAUAUGGGAUGUUUUAAUAUGGAAGAUUAGCCAUCCGCUAAUGCUUACUGUACAAUUUUAUUCGUUUCUUUGUCGUUUAUUUAGCAUACUUUUUAUAGUGUAAGUUGGGGCUGUUUACCAAAUCUGCUGUAAUUAAAAUUGAAUUUUCUUGUUGAAGUAAUCUAAUGGAGUCAUAUUUAACAUACGGGGUGCUAUUUAGCAGAUAUUUUAGUUAAAAGCUGGACUAGUUUUAUAUCCAAAACAAAUUAAGUAAUUUCUAUUCUACGAUUUAUCAUGUUUCCUAAAGUCCCCAUCAGAUUUUUGCAUCCCUUUAUAUGUGAGAGACAUAUUUUGCUUCUGAUAUAUUAAAAAGAAAAGUUUCGAUGGUUGACAUUUCCAAAGAUAAAGCCCUAAAUGCCCUAUGUUUAUCUUAAGUUCCCGUACUUUUACAGAAUACUUCUCCACACUGACAUCAGUAUUUUGCGCUUCAAAAUCAAAUUCCAGUUUUUUAGAUGAACAUUUUACUCCUCUAUUCAACGUAAGGAAAACUGGUUGCUGUUGAUUGAAAGUCGAAAUAAGACUUAUUAGUUGAAGCAAGCCCAUUUUGUAGCGAACCAGGUUGGCGCAAAGUAAAAACUCUUCAAAUAGACAAGUAGCAUGCUAUUGGUCAAAAAUCCGAAAUGGUUGGAACUACAAUGCACUUCCACUUUUCGAGUUGGCACUUAAUGAAUGUUUUAGGUUAUUCGAACCAAUUUUGAUUUCCUUUUCAAUGGUCACCUACAAUCACAUACUGUUAGGUAUCCGAGCCCCUCUUUAUUCAAUCUACUUUUCUAUUUCACUUAGAACUUUGAAUAAGUGGGGUGCAAUACUUUGGUGGCGCAAUGCAUCAAGCUUACAAUAUUGACCAGUUCCCCAUAACGCUGUCCAGCUUUUAACAAUUGUGGGAAUUUAAGUCUAAUAAUUUUCGAAUAUGUAUCUUAUUUCUAUUCAAAAUGUUGUAACUACUUGCUAACGAGAAUUAGAAUAGAGAAAAAGAGCAUUGAUAAAUUUUUGCAGUAUUGGUAAUUUGUAUCUAAUUCGUAACGAAUUAUUUGAUUGGUGUAUAACUCCUUCCUUAUCUUGGGGAAGUUGAAUUU